AGGGUUGCAUUCGAGGCGGGUGUCGGACGCUGUCUAACCAACACCAACAAAAAGUGUACGCAAGAGAAAGUUUUUGGAAAAUACAAUUCCGCCAUAUUUACCGGCAAAAUUCAAAACAUUUACAUUGUUGCCAAACAAUUGAUCCAGCCGGAUCCUAUUUGUGCAAUAAUCAAGUGCCAGGCAACAGCGUGGAGGUCGAAACGAGCAACAAAGCCAAGCGACGUCUGCUGCUGCCGUCGCGCAGCCCCACGCAGCACUAAUGACAAUAGGGAAGUCGUAGAGGAGGGAAAACACAAAUACCGACAAAAAGAAGCCCAGUCCAGCCAGCAUCAGCCUUGGACGGUACGCAAUUGAACGGUGGCCACCAAACAGCGCACACACAGACGCGCGCCAACUCACACUCGCGCACCGCACCGUGCAAUAUAUACACACACACAGAGCAGAGGGCCCAAGAAAGACGGAACAGCGAUGACAAGUCAUCACCACAGCGUCGGCGUCGGUGGCGGAAACUUUCAGCCCCAACUCCAACUGCAGCAUCAGCACCAACUCCGGGCACCCAUUGUGAAGAACCUAUCACUGGCUGCGGCGGCAGUGCCCCUGCCCAUGACCUCCUCAUCCUCCUCGUCUGGCCACGGCACGAAUGCAUCGUCGCUGUAUUUCACGCAGGUCUUGCAGCAGCCGCCAACCGCAAUCGUGGACCACGAGCCGUACACCAGCGUGCUGCAGCCAGCGGGCGGCGGAAGCGAGAGUUUCCUCAUUGAGGAGAUCAUCGACGACUACGAGGAUGAGACAAAUAUUGUUGUGGACACCGGAGAGUUCUUCAUAUCGGGCGAUGUCUACGAAUACUACCCGGCGGUGGAUCGUCUAGGUAGGUUUACCUCAGGGGCCGUGGCCGAGGCAGAUGCCGUGCCACCGCCAAUAAUAAUGCAGCAGACCAGCGAGGAUGAGGACUAUAUAGAUGAGGAUGCGAUGCGUAUGUCGUCCUCCUGCGACGGCGACGAGGAGGAUGCGGACGAGGAGUCGGAUGCGGUGCCGGCCAUGACGAAUGCCUUUGAAAUAGCCUCCGAAGUGUUGACCACCCUCGAGGCCACCAACAUCAAGGAGGAGCAGCUGGAGAGCGAUUUUUACAUGAAAACAGCGGAGGACUCAAACAGCUCCAAUGCCCAGGACUUCAAGGACCUGAAGCUCUUCGGCAACAGUAGUCGCGUGGAGCGACGGGCAAGUGCCGCCACAAAGCGCUGGAAGCAGACCAAGGUACCCAUUCGCAUCACCCAGGAUGAGUUCAAUGUAACGCUCUGGUCGUCCCUCAACUCGGAGGACGAGGAAGAGGAGGAGGAGGACCUGGACGAUCCGCAAGUGUCUGUGGUCCAUCCCGUGGUGUCCUCAUCAACCAGCACUGAAGCCUCCUCCUCCAAUAUGCCAAAGCUCAUCAUCGAUGAGCACAUAAUCAGCAACAACAUGCACCACGAUGUCCUCAGCGAUGGCAUCGGCAAUGAAUACGUCAUCCUGCCGGAUCCCUUCAGCGCAUCGGCCGUGACGGAUGUGGAGGAGGUGGUCAAUGCAUUUAUGGGCGAUGUGAAGGGCGAGGAGGACAGCCAGCCGCUGAGCGAGCAGUUCAUCUACGCGGAUAACCAUCUGGAUGAGGCAUACGGCUCAAUUGAACUCAUCGAGAAUAUGCCGCACAACGUGGAGUUGAUACCAGUCCCAGCUGCCGCACCACCACCACCUCAGGCGAUGACGGGCGGCACGAAGACAAGCCGCUGCCCAACAGCAGCCCAGCUGUCGCUACCAAAGCUGGUGCUACAAAACAGCAGCACAAAUGUGCGACUGAAAAGCAGCACAGGGUCGCAGGCCAAGGCCGCGAAAAGGCAAAUAAGCAGCGCCUCUGCCCCUGUGGUAGGAUUGAAUGCGGCGCCGCAACCACCACCGCUGGUGACACCCAGAAUUUUGGCACGCCCGCGAGCCACCACGAUGACCAAAACAGCAGCCAGUCUGGCCAACCAAGUCGCCGCCAGCAGUCAGUCGGUAGACGGUGCCGCUGCAGGAGCCGCUGCCGAGGAGGAUGAGGAGCCAAAGUUUCGGUGCACCCAUCGCGGCUGCAACAAGGAGUUCAGGAAUCACUCGGCCAUGCGGAAGCAUAUGCAUACGCACGGUCCGCGCGGUCAUGUGUGCAAUGUUUGCGGCAAGAGUUUUGUGGAGAGCUCCAAGCUGAAGCGCCACCAGCUGGUGCACACUGGCGAGAAGCCAUUCGAGUGCACCUUCGAGGGCUGCGGCAAGCGUUUCUCCCUCGACUUCAAUCUGCGCACCCACGUCAGAAUACACACCGGCGAUCGGCCCUACCAUUGUCCCAUCGAUGGCUGCUCCAAGUGCUUUGCACAGUCGACGAACCUCAAGUCGCACAUGCUGACGCACACGAAGCCCAAGCGCAAGUGGCCCCGGGCACCGCAGGUCAACAGUAAGUCAUCUCCGCAGGUCAACAACAAGACGCCGCUGGUGGCACGUUACGGGCGUUUGGAGUUUGGCGAGGAUCCGCGACUGGUGUACGUGGAGCAGAACGAGGAGAUGGGAUCGGUGCUGCUGGAUGGUACGUCGACCACAUCCUAACUAUCAGUGACCAUCAAUGUGUCCCUCAGUAGAACCGUGGCCUGAGUGAGAAGACUGGCCCCAGUUCCCGGGCACUUUAUCAAGUCGCAUGCGAGCGAGCGAGCGUGUAUUAUCUGGCCAGAUAAUAGAUAUUAUCUGGCGGAUAAGCAAGCAACAAACCAACCAACCAACCCAUGUGUACAGUUAGUUAUAGAUCAGGGCCAUUAGUCUAUGCAUGGCGGAGUUUAUUCUUGUAAUCUAUGAGGCGGAGAGUCUGCGGAGCGUGCGACGCCGUCCGCAUGCUGCUCCUCUACAAACGCAACCCCUAAGUAAGUUCUUUUCUUAAAUUGGAUACGUAGUAGGUGUGUGUGAAGCCAUGGACAUGGAUGAAUAAAUGGAGGAUCGAUCGAUCAGUCGAUCGUCUAGAUAUGUAAGCAUAGAUUUAAGUGCCCUAAGGCCCGUAAAACCCCCCCACAAAAUAGCUAUCACUAUCACUAUAUGUACUAAUUUUACUACCAUCUGCAACCGGAUGCAUUAUGGCAUCCCAGUUGUGGAUCUAUUCGUGUGCAGUCUUCACUCGAAUAACAAAACACUGCGCACACACACAACCAUACACUUUUUCUACACACGCAACGCCCCCCCUUACCCUACAAUAUUUAAUACGCAUAAACAAACCCCAACCAAACCUACAACCUACAACCCCCCAUAGGCUAUCUACAUAUAUUUUUGUAAUGAAAUGUAACAUUUAGAGCAUUGAACUGCAAAGUAACGUUUAGAAUAGAACAGAAGCAGAGCAGGAGUAAAUUUUUGUAGCGCCUAAACGUAAUUCACAAAAUGGAAAACACUUCAAUUCGAUUGUACAAGUUAACCAGAGUCGCGGCAUAAACAAGGGAAUACCUCUUUCAAAAUUAUACAAAUAAAAACACGAAAAGAAUUCAAAAGCA